CGAUCAUUUUAUUGAAGUAUAAAAAUAAUUUUAAUUAUUUCUGUAUUGUCCGAUUAAAGUUUUUCACUGUAACUAAAUUUGUGUUAUUCUGGAAAGCCGGAUUGACCCGGAAGUAAAUACCGGUUCGCGGAAGUUCGCGCCAAAGAAAUGGGAGUAACGUGCGUGUGUCAGGUGCCGGUGGCGGAGGGCAAGAGUGUGCAGCAGACGGUUGACAUGCUCCAUAAGAAGCUGGAGCAGCUGGGAGCCGUCAAACAGGGAAACUUCUGGGUGGACUGCGAGACGUACCACGCCACGGGAAAUGCCACUGGUCAGCCGUCGAAGCUGCUGUACGUGAUGCAUAACUCGGAGACGCCGCUGAGCAGCAUGGCUCUGUUCGAGGGCGGCCCGGGUCUCACCGCCGACGCCAACUUCGACGUCCUGAUGGUCAAGCUCAAGAGUCACUUCCAGAACGCCAAGGGACAUAAAGUGGAGAGCCGCGGCACGCGUUACCGCUACUGCGACUUCCUGGUGAAGAUCGGCACCAUCGCCAUGAGCUCCAGCGCCAGAGGCAUUUCAGUCGAGGUGGAGUACUGCGCCUGCGUGAUUCCCGGAGACUGCUGGAACCUCAUGAAGGAGUUCAUGCAGAGUUUUCUGGGCUCGAGCACACCCGAGCUGCCCACCGUGUUCACCAGUAAAGCCGAGGGUCUGUAUGCACCGGUGGACUGCAUGGACACCAUGAGUCAGUAUCUGGAGCUCUUCGGUAAAGUGCGCAAACAGCAGGUAAUGCAGGGCACCGGCGUCCGCUGAGAACUGAACUCAACCUGCGCAAACGCCGAGUCUGGAAUCUAACGAUAACUCCUGCGAGGAGCCUCUGAGAACUUUAUACGAGCAACAAGAGCAUUUCAGGAAUGACUGAUUCUUCUUUACUGUUUGUAAAGCAUCCUUUGUUAGUCUAUUUGUGGCUCUGAAUGCUUAUUUUCUGUGUUUACACUUGUAUUUGUGAAAUAAACUGUUAAAUUUG